AUGCAUAUUUUCACACCAGCCGCCAAAGCCAAGUCCACCACCGAUCAAAGUGCCAAGUAUGUUAGCGUUUUCGUGCAAGGAUCCCUUCUUGAUUUGAUUUCAUAUGCCAGAAUACUUUCUGAACCUUUUUAUGCAGAACGGAUAUCCAUCUCCGAAUCUGACGUUUCGCAGACACGUCGGUCAUCCCAUUCAACAAACUCAACAAAGCCUGCCAAUGACGCGGCAAAAACGCACUUGCCAUCACAUACAAACACCAUCCCCAGACCUGCACCUGACACAACAGAAGCCCGUCGACCAUCGAGUAUAACAAAAGAUGACACCAAAGCUCCCGUCCCCCAACCCACUUCUCGGAAACGUCCCACCCCGCCGACGGCCUUGCACCCUGUCGAAAAGCGGCUAGCAAACGAAAAGACGUCUCCCCUCAUGGCAGCUUUGGCUUCCAGGGGGUAUGCAUACAAAAGUGGCACCACUGUACCCGUAAAGCAGGACCCGCCGUCCGCACUGGCAUCCUCGAAUAGAGCACGCCCCCACCCUCAGGCAUCAGUUACUCACAUAGUACCGGGGCAAGCACCGAUAUUAGGCCCCGAUUUACAUUCAAGGAUACCAAGAACGUCAAGGCAAAAGGCAUUGACCAAAUACUAUGCGGAAUUCUGUCGAAUAUAUGCACCACUUCUUGCAGAACAGCCUACCUUGGCUCAAGAGCAUGCUUUCAAGCAGGAGGCGGCUGUUAUGGCCAAAGCAACUCAACCUGUGGCUGUAUCGCUGGAUGACAUAGGCAUAGACGGCGAAUGGACGCCACCAUCUGUGACGGUGGGCGAGCCACCGGAGAUACCAAUGGCCGAGUUAGAAAAGCUGCUGACGUCAACGGAACAACUGCGCUUAAUGGGUUACCCCUUUCCUCCAGAUGAAGCUGAGCCACAGAUCACAUAUGAGGACAAUCAAGAGCAGCAGCAAACAUGUGAUCGAUGCGGAUCUCAGUUUAUCCCAACGUGGCCCUUGGAUGAAGGCCAACAGGUUGCGUGUCGGUACCAUUGGGCGAACUUACGGAGUGUCGUGCAGGGUGGUGCUAAGGAGCGGUUAUAUGUAUGUUGCCAAGAAAAAAUGGGGGCUCCAGGAUGCGUGCGGGGUGCCCAUGUUUUCAAAGAUGAGGAUACUGUCAAGCUCGAUAGAUGGAUGCCCUUUGUAAGACUUCCUGAAGCAUCACGUGUGCCAAAAGCGGAAAAAGUCGUCGCCCUUGACUGCGAAAUGUCAUAUACAACCUCUGGGAUGGAGCUCACCCGAUUAACAGCCGUCAACUGGCACGGCAAGCCAAUACUGGACGAACUAGUCAGGACAACAUUUCCGGUCCUCGACCUAAAUUCUAGGUGGUCUGGCAUCUCCAGUUUAGAAGAUGCAAAGUACGAUUUGAAUGGGAUUACAGAUCUUCUGGGACAGAUUAUGGGAAGAGAUACGAUCCUUAUUGGACAUGGCUUAGAGAAUGAUCUUAAAGCUAUGAGGAUUUAUCACACAAAGAUCAUCGACACAGCAGCCAUUUUCCCGCAUCCCCAAGGUCUUCCACGACGGUACCCACUUCGAUUCCUGUGCCAAAAGCUACUCGGGCGAUUUAUUCAACAGUCAACGACCGGACAUGACUCUUUGGAGGAUGCCAGAACGUCCUUGGAAUUAGUUAAAUUGAAACUAGAGAAGGGGGACAAUUUAUAUUUAUAG